UUUUGCAGAAUACAACUUCCUGGGUGCUGUAUAACAUGGCCUCAUUCUAUUGGAGGAUAAAGAAUGAGCCUUAUCACGUGGUGGAAUGUGCCAUGCGAGCUUUGCACUUUUCUUCCAGACAUAAUAAGGACAUUGCACUACUGAACAUGGCGAAUGUUUUGCACCGUGCACAUUACUCGGCUGAUGCUGCUAUCCUUGUUCAUGCUGCACUUGAUGUAUCUCCUGGGCUUGAUGUGUCCACUGACUCCCUGGUCAGCCACUACACUCUUGGGAACAUAUAUGCAGUAAGUGUCGGG